AUGCAGCCAGUGGCGGGGCCCUCCAACACGUCUAGCACCGCGCAACCGCAUCCGCCACCGGCAUCGGGAAGUCACCAGAUUACCCGGAAACGUGUGAUCUAUAGCUGUCAAACAUGUCGGCGACGUAAAGUCAAAUGCGACAAGAUACUUCCAGUAUGCGGCAACUGCGCGAAAAACAGUACCGAGUGUGUCUACGACGCCGAACCCCAGCAAGAUGACACACGGUCCAGCCGUGCCCGUCGAGCGAAUAGAACCAAACGGCGAAGACAGAUUCAAGAUCAAAAUGCAGAUGAGCACACCCAUAACAACUCGAUGCCGGCGUCAUUAUCAAAUGUCCAGAAAACAGACUUAAGCGCAGUUGAAGCCCAUCUGGCUCAACUUGUAUCGCUCGUUGACCGGUUAAAGAAGGAUAACCGGGCCCACGAAUCAACGGAGGCGCAAGCGCUUGCCUUGAACACCAGCGCGGAAACCGCGAUUAUCGGAGAGGGCAAUUCUACUACCAAACCACUCGUUGGGCGGCCAGAAAGUCCGUUGAGUGCCCCUGCUGAUUGUAGCAGCGAUGAUUUCCCCAUCCCGAACGGUCAAACUACAGAUCUCGUUGAUCCACUGGGGACUUCAAACUUGGGCCACAUGUCCUUGGGGGAUGGUGGAAGUUCAAGAUAUGUUGGAACGACGUAUUGGGCUUACAUUUCCCAUGAAAUGGACGAGCUCAAUCAAUUGCUUGGAAACCAGAAUCGAUCGCAUGAUUUAGCAGCAGGUAGCGACCAUACUCCAGCAGAUUCGGUUUCUAGCGAGCGAAGACAGCGGAAAGAAUCAAUAAGCAGUCAAACCACCAGCCAAACCACGCGCUCUCCGUUUCCGCUCGGCUUUUCGGGGCCCAUCCAGAAGGCUGUUUGCAUCCCACCGGGUCAUUUCUCAGUGAAUGAUAAAGCGGUGGAGGCAGACAUGCUGAAGCAUGUUCCGACAAAAUGGCAAAGUGACAUCCUUUACAAGGGUUUCAUGUCUGGUGUCCACUCACUCAGUCCUAUGAUCCAUCCUCCGAUGAUCCUAAAACUCUACAAUGCCUUUUGGGACUGGUACGACGUCAAAAGUUAUGCGGGGGAGCCGUGUCCAACUCCUUCUUUCAUUCCACUCCUAUACGCAAUAUGGUUUGGAGGUUCAGUUUCGAUUUCCAUGAGAACAAUGGAAACAGAGUUCAAUACUUCGUCACGAGCCAUCCUUUCGACAAAGUAUAGCGACGAGGUUACUUGUUGGUUGGCUAAAAUCUCAUUCCCCCACAGCGUCACACUUCACGGUCUGGCGGCCUAUCUUAUUGCGCAAACAAUCCUGUCAAGAGAGGAAGAACCUCUGGCAAGUAGUUUGUUUGUCAGUUUAGCAGUGAGAGUAGCGCAGACUUUAGGAUUACAUCGGGAUCCCUCUCAUUUUAAUAUUGACCCCUGGGAGGCAGAGUUCCGACGCCGAUUAUGGUGGCAUAUCAUGCAUAUGGAUGGCUGGGCUCCCCCAUUGCUCACUGAUGACACUUACUGGGAUGCUCGGGAGACGAGCGAGGUUAAGGAUACCUUGUUGGGUACUCCCGAAGCAAAGCAGUAUGAAGAAGCGGUUUCCUGCGGCCAGCGGCCACCUGAUAAUCCAGACGAUCCGACUAUCUGUGGUGGGCCGUCGAUGGUGAACGUGUAUUAUUUGUCCGCAAAGGGCAAAUGCAUAAUGGCUAAGUCUGUUCGUAGAAUCCUAAAGAUCCAGCUAGGCACGAAGCCUUUAACAAGAGGCGAUAUGGUUGAGCUCCGUUCUGUUCUUCAUGAUCUGCAGGUCAAACUCAACUCCAUCAUAAACCGAAUCCCAGAGACAACUGCAACUGAAAAGUCAGCAGCGUCCUCAAGGCGAUCUCCUCGUUCCGCCGCGGAGGAACUUCCUAUUGAAGGUUCAUCUGGCUGCCCUGAGCAAUACCAUUCAGUAGUCCUCGUCUCGUUUCAUAAAUGGGCCAGGAUUAUUUUAUCGCUAUUCAUUGAUAAGGCAUUUUGUGUUGCAUAUCAACCAUUCCUCAGGAAUCCUCGAAGUCGAAUCUGGCCCGUAGCGCGGCAAAGUGCACUACGCCAUUGUUACGCUUUCAUGGAGAAGUUCAUUCGAUUGGCGACGGAUCCCGAUUUUCAACCGUUUCAAUGGGGUUGGCCAGGGAUUAUUCUUAUCGACUUGUACGAACGACCAUUUAGCCCUGAGGCCUCCGUGUCUCGCGGAUUCAUUGAUCAAAUCAUGUCACUCUCUGGACCCGACGGGGGCGUUGUAAGUGGCGGAGAUGACAUUUUCACACAACGUCCGUUGAGGAAUGGGGGCCGUGAGGCCUGGGAUAUGAUCCGUCGUUUGCGCCAAAAGGCCUGGCAGAAAGCUGGCCUGAACCCACAAUUGCCGCGUAUGGGACAAGAUUGGUCAACAGAGUCCGGCUUUGCAAAUACACCUUACUUCAAAUUCCUAUCAUCCGCAAUGGCGACCGAACCUACUACGAACGCAGCAGUGACUGCCACCCUUUCAUCAUGCGACAAAGUGUUUGCUCCCGACUUAGCUUAUGCUCGUUCCUCUGCUGCCACUAUCCCGACUCAACAAUCUGUCGUCAACUCUCCUUCGGUCGACUUCAUGAAUGCCGCCCAUCCGAACAUGAUGCCCGCGCCUGAGCAUCCUGCUCCCUUCAUGAUUGAUCCCAGCCUCAAUUUCGACUGGGGUGAAUGGGACAAUAUCUUCGGGCAAUCUUUGCCCGUCGCGGAUGAGCUUAUGGAACUUGAUCAAGUCACGGGACUUGCAUUUGCGGACUUGGAAAAUGGUGCUUCAUGA